GACACGAGCGACGCGAGGGUUUUAUCGCUCUCCGCCGCCGACCGGAGUAAGGGGAAGAGCUCGCCGCCGGUGCCCCGACACUGCGGCGGAGCGGGACUGCGGGAGCGAGGUGGCCGCGCGCGAGCGAGGCUUUCCUCUACCUCCGCCGCAUCCACCCCUCCUCCUCUUCCUCCUCCACGAUCACCUCCUCCCCACCCUGCCCAGUUCGGCUGGUCCUCUCCCGCCCGCCUUCUUCUUGGUUCCUCUUCAAGAAACAAUCCCGGCCAUCGAUCGCCGAUUCCUUCGAGGGCUCUGGACACCUGCUACACCUUGAAAUACCUAAGUUGCUCUGCUGUAUUUCUCAAUGGAGCAUCUUUCCGAGGAACUGAUCAUAGAGAUUCUCAAGAGGAUUACAAGGACAAGUGAUCUGAAUUCUGUCUCUCUUGUGUCGAAGCAGCUCUACGCCAUCGAUGCGGAGCAAAGGGCUACUAUUUGCAUUGGUUGUGGACUUUCAACAGAAGAUUUCUCAGCACUUUGUUCCCGGUUUCCUAAUUUGCUCAAAGUAGAGAUCGAUUACUCUGGUUCGACACCUGGCAAUGGGAACCAUAUUGACAACCAAGGUCUCUUUGUUCUUACAUCUUGUUGUACUUUGCUUAAUGAUAUUACCUUAAGCUUCUGCUCAAAAAUCAAUGAUGCUGGUAUUGCUUGCCUAACUUACUGCAAGAAGUUGAUGUCUCUGAAGCUGAACUCCAUACCAGAAGUAACUUCAAGUGGGCUUCUCAUGGUAGCUUUUGGUUGCAAGGCUCUAUCUUCUCUCUACCUUAAUGAUUGCAAGGGAAUUGCUGGCAGCACUGAGUGGCUGGAGUACCUUGGUAGUGACGGAUCAUUGGAAGAACUCAUCGUCAGCAAUUGCAAGGGAGUAAGCCAGUAUAACUUUUUAAAGUUUGGUCCUGGAUGGAUGAAGCUUAAGACAUUUGAGUAUGAAAACAAGGAAAACUUUUUUAGUAUUCACCCACGUUAUGGCUCAUCAGUCAAGGCUAACACACAUAGAUAUGAACUGUGCUGUGAGAAUUUGAAGGAUUUGAAGUUGGUGCGUCUUGUAACAGAGCCAGACGGCCCAGAAAUAGGACUUCGUUUUUUGUUGGGGAAGUGCAAGGCGUUAGAGAAACUGUGCCUGGAGUAUGUUACUGGUGUUAUUGACAAUGACAUGAUUGUGCUAUCCCAGGCCUGCAAAAACCUUAAAAGCAUCUCACUUUGGCUAAAACCAGAACAUUACGUUGUUGGUGGUCAUAUAGAGUUCAGGACAGGUUUUACUGAUGAAAGUCUCAAGGCUCUAGCCCUCAACUGUCCUUUGCUUCAGGAUGUUGAACUCACAUUUACAGGUUGUGCGCACUGGGAUCCCCCUGAAAUAGGCUUCACACAGGAAGGACUUGUGAGUUUCGUCGAAUCUUGUCCAAUUCGUGUUCUUGUGCUAAAUGGUGCCCUCUUCUUCAAUAACAAGGGGAUGAAGGCCCUAUCCUCUGCACAAUUCCUGGAGACACUCAGCCUUAUCGAUUGCAACGAAGUAACUGAUCAUGGGAUGCGAUUUAUUGUGCAUUUUCCAAGCUUGAUUAACCUCACACUCCGGUUUUGUCAUAAUGUGACUAAUGCUGGUCUGAGCGAGCUGGCUCAUGCACAAAAAUUACAGUCUCUGGACGUUGGUGGCUGUGGUUACAUUUCCCAGAAAGGUGUGCUGGGAGCUGCCAAAUCAGUCUACUAUGAAGUGAAUUGCAAAAGUCUUGGCCAUUAUAAGAGGAUGUGUUGAAGCUGUUAAGUCAUUGCUUAGAGUGCAUCAUUAGCAUUAACCAGUUAUCUUUUUCUCGUCUUACUAUUCACCAUCAUUUUGUACUUGCCAGUACUUAAUUGCUGUGGAAAGCUCUAGCAUAAGAACGUGUUAUGGUGUAGAUUGUGGAAUGAACGAAAAUCCUCAGUGACUUCCAGCACUAGUGUUCUCAAGAUGGUUCUGCUUAUUUUGUCUUGAAUGAAGUUCAGAAUUCAUCUUUCACCAUCAUUUUGUACUUGCUAGUACUAUCAGUUAGUCUUUUUAUUGCUGUGGUCCGCUGUAGCAUAAGAACGGCUUCUUGUGUAUUUUGGAAGAUGGCUCAAUGAAUGAAAAUCCUCAAUGAUUUCCAGCAA